UGUCAUUGAACAACUAGUGUGUAGUUCAGCUAGAGAUCUGCAUUCUACGUACGUCAUAAAGAUACAACACCUAAAGAUUGCGCCACAACGACUCCAUGUUCAAGUGUUGCAGUUGGUCCAAAUACUGAUUGCAUACCAGGUACACCAGGUUCUGUCAAAAAAUCAGCGGAUUCAACUCCAAAUAUGGGUGCUGCAUCAACUACAAAUGCAACAUCUAUAGCUUGUACAAUAAUAGCUGAUGCAACUAAUGAUACUACCACAAGCACUGAUUUUAUAAAAACUGCAGCCACAAUAUCAAUAGCGACUAGACCAGCUACAAGUACAAACUCCACAAAGCAAAUUACCAGCUCCACAACUACAUCAACGAACGCCAUCAAAACUUCACAACUUAAACACCCACGUAAGUCAACACAUAAAAUAUAUACAAGACACGAAAACCACAACAUAACACAGACAAAUCUUGAAACAUUGGGAGAGAAUGGUCAGCCAUGCUUGGAAAAACAUAAGACGUUGGACUACUCACGCAGUAGUCAAGAAAAUUUAUCUCGACUAGGUCAAACAAGAGAUACACAAAAUAUGAUGGUCAAACAAGAAAAGACUAGACUCGAAACCAUCGUCAAAAACAAAACAGUUAUGAGAAAUACGGAUCAAAGAAAGAAAAUUAUCUUUGACAAAUUGUUGAGACACCACGGUAUAAGAUAUCUCACAAAGAGUAUGAGAAACAGUUUGUCCGUUAAGAAGUCUAGAAAAGGGUGCGCGGACCUUUGA